CUCUUUUGCUUGAUAUACCGGGAAACUCAUGCAUACUCCGCACCUUCAGCAGUCUACAGGAAUUGUAUCCGCAGGUUGGCAGAUAGCAUCACAGGCAGGGAUGGCUCCGGCAGACGAAGAUCCCACAUCAUCCAAACACGACGUUUCCAGUGCGGUAGAACAACCUGAUUCACCUCAGAUGGAGAUAGUCGACGAGGGAUAUCUCGUGCGAAGGGUUGGCAUCAAUCCUGAGACUGGCGAAGCAUGGAACACAUCCUGGGUAAGGCGCAACAAUUGCAGUGCAGAGGCUAUCGCCAAAUGGGAGGCCAACAAGCCCGGAAUUGAACCAGCAGACGAAUCUUUGAUUGAUGGUUCCUCCAACAUUCGCAAGCGUUCGAUCUCCUCGAUCGUCAGUAUUGCGAAUGCGACCACCAAGAGGAGAGAGCUCAACAACGAGUCAAUGCCAGUCACGAAGCCUGGAUCUAGUUCAGAGGGACAAAACUUGCACAGCUCUAAGGGUCCCGGCCAACAGCUGCCGGACUUUAUAGAUCUUAGAAAGUCCCGACGGGCUUCUUCUCUGUUCAUCCCGUCUCCACGAAAGGGUUCAAAAUAUCAGUUCAAAACAUCGGUGCAUCAGGUCGAGAUAUCUCAGAUAUCGCAAAGCAAUACGGACACCUUCGAGGUCACCACCGAAUGGUUACUAGAUCGAGUCGUAUCCACUCAGAAGGGUAUGCUGGUGGAGCUUCGAGGAACGAACAGUGGCAAAACAGGUGAUGGUUGGUACCACGGCCAGUAUGAGGGAGCGCAGGGCAUGAUCCUCUCCGUGCUCAAUACUGGACACACGUCGUUCGCCUCCACCGCCCGAGUCAAGUUACUAGAUCUUAGCGACUCACCACAGGAAGUUUUCACCGUUCCUGUGUCAUACCUCUGGCCGGUCGAACCGACAGAACCCGGCCAGAGAGCAUUGAUGCUACAUGGGGACCAGAAGGGUUCCGUGGCAAUCGUCCGGGAGGAAGAAUCAGAUGGCUGGUUCGUGUCGGUGGGCAACUUGCACUUCGGGAUCAGCGCAAAUAAGUUGGUGCGAGUCAUAAAUGCAUAACUUUGGAUGACUUCGAGCAUGCAACGACUUUCUGAUGUGUAUAUGGGUGACUGUAAUCUAGCUGAGAAGUACUGUUGUAUCCCUGUACCUCGAGCGCAUGAAUGCACCCUUGAUCUGAUUAGUUAUAGGCAACCGAAAGGAGGGC